GAGGAAGGACUCAAACUCCCAAGAUGGCGGCGGCGUCGGAGGAGCGGAUGGCCGAAGAGGGAGGCGGCGGCCACGGCGACGGCGGUUCGUGCUCGGCCGCGGGCUCCGCUCAGCGACAGCCCCCGCCGCCCCCGUCCCAGGCCCCGCAGCCGGGGUCACAGGUGUCCGCGGCGCCCGCGCUGGCUCCGGACCAACUGCCUCCAAACAACACACUGGUGGCGCUGCCCAUCGUAGCCAUCGAGAACAUCCUCAGCUUUAUGUCCUACGACGAAAUUAGCCAGCUCCGCCUGGUCUGUAAAAGAAUGGAUUUGGUAUGUCAGAGAAUGUUGAAUCAGGGGUUUCUGAAAGUGGAGAGGUACCAUAAUCUAUGUCAGAAACAAGUCAAAGCACAGCUGCCAAGGAGAGAGUCAGAAAGGAGAAACCAUUCUUUAGCUCGUCACGCAGACAUCCUUGCUGCAGUGGAAACAAGGCUGUCACUGUUAAAUAUGACUUUCAUGAAGUAUGUGGAUUCCAAUCUCUGUUGCUUCAUCCCAGGAAAGGUGAUCGAUGAGAUUUACCGUGUGUUAAGAUACGUCAAUUCUACCAGAGCCCCACAGCGAGCUCAUGAGGUGCUGCAAGAGUUGAGGGACAUUUCCUCCAUGGCAAUGGAGUACUUCGAUGAGAAGAUUGUUCCGAUUCUGAAGAGGAAAUUACCAGGAUCAGAUGUUUCUGGAAGACUCAUGGGCUCUCCUCCAGUUCCAGGACCAUCUGCAGCCCUAACAACAAUGCAGCUCUUCUCCAAGCAAAACCCUUCAAGACAAGAGGUUACCAAACUCCAGCAGCAGGUUAAAACCAAUGGUGCUGGCGUGACUGUCCUCAGGCGAGAAAUUUCUGAGCUUCGCACCAAAGUGCAAGAACAGCAGAAACAACUUCAAGACCAAGACCAGAAACUGCUGGAGCAGACCCAGAUCAUAGGUGAACAGAACGCACGGUUGGCAGAGCUGGAACGGAAGCUCCGAGAAGUAAUGGAAAGUGCAGUGGGAACCUCCUCAGGGUCUGGGCAGAAUGAGGAGUCUCCUCGUAAACGAAGGAAGGCAACAGAAGCCAUAGACUCCCUUAGGAAAUCCAAGCGUCUUCGGAAUAGAAAGUGAACUGGAGUGCAUGCGGCUCUAGCUAGCUGCAGAGGAAGCUUAAGCAGUUAUGCCUAUCAGGAUGCUGGGAGCAGUGUGGUGUUCCUAGGCCUCGAGGCUUUCAGAACACAAUUUCCACUUGAACUUAGGGCUGGACAUUCUUUUCCCGCUUCUCCUGGUGGAACUGAUGCACAGAAUCUUUUUACUUUGCAAUAGACUUGUACUAACCAGACCCGUACUAUCGUGUUUUGGGGAGCUAACUUUUUUUCCUGUGCAGACAAUGUUUUAAGUUUGUUUCUGCAUAUAUGCACAUUGCAUACAGAUCUCAAACAAACCCAGUCUUGACAGACUAGAAGUUAAGUUCAAUACAUAAAAUGUCCUGUUCACUUGAAAGAAAAAAAAAAUCUACUUUUUAAAUGGACACUAUCUUGUUUUUAAAAAAGUUGACUUUUUGUUAUAAGUGACCUUUGUCUGGAAUGUCUGAAAAGUAGUUCAUGCUUUUUGGUAUUGAAGUCAUGGGUAACUGAAAGGACUUCCAUAGCGUUGACUGUAGACGGCGCCUCUGCAGUAUUGACUAUAUAUUUUUAUAAACUACUGGCGAGGGGUGUGUCCAGUUGUUAUAUAUAUAUGUCUUCAGUUUUCUUUGGGGCCAUGUCCUACAUUUGCAUGGAUGGAUGCAUGCAUUGCCUAGUCAGCUCACUUAAAAAGCUCUUGCACUGGUAUUGAUCUUGAACCUCUACACUUCUCCACCUCAUAGAGCAGCAUCUCCAGCUUCACACCUUCCACCACAACAGCUUGCCUCUAGGGGGAGAAUUUUUAGUCCAUUUGUCCUCCAGCUUUACAGGAACAAGAGACUAUUAAAGCCCAUUGCUUUAGUACUUCUCUGUAGGGUUCAGGUACACUGGCUAAGGCAGAACCCCAAACCCAAGGCUCUUUCUAUUGAGAUCAGAGCUCUGGGAACUAGUAGUGAUCCUGACUCCUCACUGUGUGUUCAUGGAUCAGCUGUGACUGAAUAGGGAGCCCAACUUGUGGAUGUAGUUUUGCCACUGAAGGAAAGUUCAUUGAAGAAAAUUGUACCCUGAAAAAGUUUAUCAUUUUAUUUCUGGGGAUGACCUGAGGAAAGCCUUUUAAUAUUCUCAAGCUCUCCUUAUAACUUUUAACAAAAGCUUUAAUUUUGUUUGCACUCCUGUUUUGAGCUUGUAACUGGAAAAGCAUGUCUUGCACUGUUCACCCUCCUGAGCGGUCACUUUAACAACCUCCAAAUUGUGUACAGUGGUUCUUUUCCCCAGCUGUAUAUUCUUGAAACAUUCAACUAUCACUGUCCUAGUUUUAUUUUAUUGUACUAAAUUAUGUAGUUAUUUUUUAAGUUCUUUUAAGCAUCUGUUGCCUUGGGCUUCGGUUAUUUAAAGUAAAUUUAGGUAUAAUAUAGUAAAAACUAUCCCUUUCCAGGUGGAAGUUGACACCUGUAUAAAACUAAGGUUUUGAUAAAUACCAUAGUUGCAAAAAAGCACAAGGUUGUCACCUUUCUAUCUGUCCAGCACGACAUGGUUAUGCGUCCUUUGGGCAAGUCUUACCAAAUGAAGCUCUCCUAGCAUUUUUAGUAUUGUCCUUUCAUAGUAUCGUCCUUAGGUUUUGUUCAAUUCUUUGUCUAACUUUGAAAGUCCAUAAACAAUGUAGUGUGUUUUCACUGAGAAACCAUAAAGUGGCAUCCAAGUGUUUCAUGGAUUGUUGGGAAGAGAAUUUAAAAAUAAACAGUUUCCUAAAAAGAUUUGUCAGCCAAGGUCAUCCAUAAACGUCCCUGUCUGGAACUCAUUUUCUCAGCAGGUCUCACUUUUGUAAUCAUAGGAUUUAGCCAUAUUACCAUAACUUUGGAGGAGGCCUCCUGGGCUACUCAUAGCUUAACUUUAUUAGUCUGCUGUUCUGGUAAUCAGAAGACUUUUUGAAGUAUCAGAGUGCAGGUUUACAAAGCAUGAUCCUUAUGCAUCAAAGAAAUAAGCCUCAGAUUAUUUCAAUAAUGAUUAAAAGGUUCUUGAAUUUCUUUUUUAAACUACAUCUAAUUAGCCUAAAUGUAAUCUAUAGUCUUCCAUCGGAUAAUGUGAGUGUAAGGUUUUCAUAAAUGAGCAUUCACACUGUAAGAAGGCAAAUUUCCUGUUCCCCAAUCAAGACUACAGCAUAUACCUAUAAUCCAGGCCCAUCAGAUUGAGUUGCAUUUAGCAGUUCAUGAGUGUCUAUAACCAGGAAAAUAAAGCACUACAGGUCAGUGGUUUUAAGCCUUACUCAGAGUAGCUAACAUAUUAGGAUAUUGCCUUCACUGUUUAUUAAGACAGUUACUAGAGAGCUGUAAUACUUGCUUUUGGAUAGCAUAGUUCUACAAAUCAUAAAUUAACUUGAUCAGCUAAAACAGACAUGGGAAAAUUGCAAAUCAGUUUCCUGAGAGAGAGCUCUUGCAUUUUAUGGCAGCAAUUUAAAUGCUGUGGGUUGUUGUACAUUUUAUGACGUAUUUCCACCAUCUUCCUUGACUGUUUUUCAGAGAUUUCUCUGAUUGAAUGGGUCGUUCCCAUGCGUAAGUUUAUCCAUGCAUAGCACUACACACAGGGAUACAAAUGUGAAGAUGGAUGAGCAGUGACGAGGACGUCCCUUAUCCCAGCAGGCCCUGUGCUUUUUCUCACAUAGACUCUGCUUGCUUGAUUUUCACCCAUCCUGCGGUUAUACAACCUAUUGUUCUUCAAACUUCUCUUUUGAUGUACAGAGCCUAGAAAUAAUGGGGGAAAAUGCAAAUAUAUUCAGAGUAACUCUACUGUUUUAAAGACUAUUGGGGUGUCAUCAGGUCUAAAGCCACUGGUUUGGAAGCAACUUUUUUGGUAACGUUUUUUGGAGUACUGAACUUUACAGGGGCUUGCCUUAAUCUCUACUCAGUAGUUUCAAGAUAUAUGCGCUGAUAUUGUGUGUUAAAAUGCUAAAAUAUUCUAUGUAGCCCCAAGAGUGGGUAAACCAGAGUUUAAGUAAUGCCUAAAUAAAUAAGCUAAAAGGUGUCACUACAGCUGGAUUUUUGAGAGAGAAUGGACAUACAGAACCUAGGCUAUGCGUCAUAAACGAAAAUAAUGGCACCUUGGGAUUGCACUAUUUUAUGCAUUAUUUUAUAUGCCAUUUCAUAGCCUGCACUUUAAUCUCCAAAGAAAUGAUGUGUGGUGUCCCCGUUGUUCCUUAUUAAUAAACGUUUUCCUAAGACAGGGCACUUCAUUCUAUUUUACUACGCUGAGUUAGUUUCACGGAGGUGGAUUCAUUGUCUGAGUUCUCUGCUUCCUUAGCCAUAUUUUCUAGGAUCUGAGAACUCCCUGUUUUGUCUAUCUCCAACAGUAUAGAAUUUUAAUUUAAUGUAAUGUAAAUCUCAUACUCGGUGAGCAACACAGUCUUAGAGCCUCUUCUGGUGCGAGUACCCAUCUGUUACACGUAUCAAACCCUCUAAAAAUAUACUCUGUAAGAUUUGAAAGUGGUAAUAAAGGGCCUGGAAGGAAGCCCACUAAAUGAUGGAGCUGUUUGGAAACACGGCUAAUUCUAACAGGAAGCUGAAUUUACUGGCCAAUGCUUUGACUCAGGAUCUGUGUGAAUUCCUUUAACUAGGAUACAAAAGGUUAUGUUAAAACUACUUAAACUUACAGCCUGCCAUCUGCAAGAAACUUUUCAACAAAUGCUAAAACUACAACUUGAAACUAGUAGUUGCUGAUAGAGCUUGGCAGCCUACCUUGUGCUCACUUUGAAUAGCAAUAUUAUUUACAUGAAUGGUAAAUGUGGCAGGAUUGAAUAAUGCUGGCCUUUCGAAACGUCCUAAGAAUCUUGGUUAAAUUUCUGAAGUCCAAACAUCAGAUCCACUUCUUUCCCAUUGUGUCUGGAGAAAGCCUAUUAUCCAUCAGGCCUGUUGCCAAAGUCUAGUGGUCCAUACAGAAAACUGCCAAAAAGUUAGAAGUGUUUAAAAUUCUUUUAUGUGGUACCAUGUCUGUUUACUGAUACUUAUGAGCAACAAUAAAUUACUAGUUUAUCUUCUGGAAUUUUCAUUGUUAUAACCUGAUCAAUUAUUGGAAAGUGAAAAGCACCUCCCGGUCACACAACAGGGUACGGAAAUAAAUGUGUUGUUACCAGUG